AUGGCGUCCAACGAAGAUCCCAAAAAGUCCGGCAACUUUGUGCUGACGGCAGAGGCCUUGAACGAGGCCCUACCCAAGUUUCACUUCAGCACUCAGGCUGUUCAUGCCGAUGAUUUCGUUAGUUCCCAUCGGGCCAUCGCUCCGGCGAUGCACCCAGCCGUGAACUACCGAUACGCCCGAGAUCCGGAUGACUUGGUUGAGAUGGAGAAUGACGAUCCUAAUGCUCCGUUUGACUCGCACGUCUACUCCCGUUACACGGCGCCCAACUCCAGCCGUUUCGAAAUCGUCCUCAAGACACUUUUCGGCACCAGCGUUGUCUCAUACUCUUCUGGCCUUUCAGCCUUCCACGCCAUGCUAGUCUUGGUGAACCCGAAAAAAGUCUUUCUCACAGAGGGAUAUCACGGUGUUCACGGAGUAAUCGACGUUAUAUCUAAGCUCAACGGCUUGAAGAAGUUGACCCUCGAUGAUAUUGAUCAGAUGGGCCCGGGUGACAUGCUCCACGUCGAGACACCGCUUAACCCGACCGGCGAGGCUCGCAACCUUGCUUAUUAUAAGGAGAGAGCUCGUGCAGUGGGAGCUAUUCUUACCGUUGACUCGACUUUUGGUCCACCUCCUCUGCAGGAUCCCCUCCAAUUUGGUGCAGACAUGGUGAUGCACAGCGGAACCAAGUAUAUCGGGGGUCACUCAGAUAUGCUCUGCGGCAUCGUUAUCGUCCACCCCGAUCGUGUCAAGAAUGGAUGGGAGGAGAAAUUACGUGAGGAGCGCCUGGUCUUGGGAAGUGUCAUGGGCAGCUUUGAGGGAUGGUUGGGUAUCCGAUCCCUACGUACCCUCCAUCUACGUGUGACGCGGCAGGCAAAGACGACCGAAGCCCUCGUCGCAUGGCUACAUAAUGGUAUCCAGGAUCCAACUUCGGUCAUUGGAAGAGCAGUUCUGAAGGUUUCACAUGCCUCGAUCCAAAAGGACGCCCUGGAGGAGGGCUGGCUGCAGAAGCAGAUGCCUGGAGGCUACGGACCCGUGUUCAGCAUGUGGCUCAAGAAGAGAGAGUAUGCUAAGAGGUUGGCCAGCAAGCUAUACAUCUUCCAGCACGCCGCAAGCUUGGGAGGAGUUGAGAGCUUGGUCGAGUGGCGUUCCAUGAGCGACAAGGGUGAGGAUCCCCUUGUCAUUCGUGUUAGUAUCGGUGUUGAGGACCUUGAGGAUAUGAAGGCGGACUUUACACAAGCGUUUGAGGCGCUUCUGAAGGAGGACUCAUAG